UAAAUUGUAAGCCGCCAUAACAACGUAAACCUAUAGGUGCUGCAUUGUAACAUAAAAAACGUCAUUUUUUUCAAAGAAAUUACGUGUUUUUUUUGUUUGUUGUCUGGUUUAGAGUAAUGAACAUUUAGAAGACGUUAAGGUAGACGACAGACGUUGAUAUUAUGUACUUCACCUUAAUGGUCUUUGCCGGUUCGGUUCGCAGGAAAUGAAUUACUUCACAUCCAGAGUAUCGCACCUAAUAACCGUGAUCAUAUAAGUGACUUGGUCAUGACAUUCGCUGGAAACAAUAACUAAAAACCCAAAUUUAAUUAAACUUACAAAACAAUUUGAAGUAAAGCACUUUUGUCUGCACUGUCUACGCAAUUAAAGAGAGCGAAAGUGAAUCUUAUUUUAUACCACCAAUUUUAAUAGCUAUGUGAAUUUAGUUGAGUGUAUUACAACAACCCAACAACAGCUUUUAUUUUAUGUGUUUUUUUGAGUGAAAAGGAAAUAAAAUGAAGAGUGAUAGAAUUUUUAUUCAAUUUGUUUUAUGGUUAUUUAUGGCAACAAGUGUUUCCUCGUUUACAUUAAAGGUUCCUUCUUCGUAUUCAUUGAAAAACCUACUUAACAGUGUGCUGCUAUCGAGUAAUCCAACUUUAACAGGAACCGGAAGAUUUCUCAAUUCAGAUGUACUGGAGGAUGCAUCCUUAAUAACGCCAAAAUUGGUUCGAAAAUAUGGAUAUCCAUCGGAAACACACACAGUCGUCACCAAAGAUGGUUACAUUUUGGAAAUUCAUCGAAUACCAAAAAUUGGAGCUAAACCAAUUCUACUGAUGCAUGGUAUUCUAGAUACUUCAGCUACAUGGGUAUUAAUGGGACCUAAAUCUGGACUGGCUUAUAUUCUUUACAAUUUGGGAUAUGAUGUUUGGAUGGGAAAUGUUCGUGGAAAUCGAUAUUCUAAAAACCACACCAGUUUAAAUAGUGAUUAUCAAGAAUUUUGGGAUUUUACAUUCCAUGAAAUGGGCAAAUAUGAUCUACCAGCUAUUAUUGAUUAUGUUUUGGAAAAGAAUGGACAUGAAAAACUACAUUAUAUUGGUCAUUCUCAGGGAACAGCUGUAUUUUGGGUUCUGUGUUCGGAGCAGCCUUCGUUUGCUGAAAAAAUUGAAUCAAUGCAUGCACUUGCACCGAUUGCAUAUAUUUCUGACAUGAAAAGCCCACUGUUUCGAACACUGGUGUUGUUUUUGGAUUUUUUGACCACUGCAACACGAGUUCUACGGAUCACAGAAUUCAUGCCUAAUACUAAAUUUUUAGUAGACAACAGUCAAGUAGUAUGUCACGAUAAUGCCAUGACUCAGGAUGUUUGUUCGAAUAUUCUAUUCCUUGUAGCUGGCUACAAUUCUGAGCAGCUUAAUAAGACAAUGCUACCAGUGAUGCUGAGUCAUACACCAUCUGGAGCAUCCAUAAAACAACUCGAACACUUUGGUCAACUUAUGAAAUCUGGUCAUUUUCGGAAGUUCGAUCGUGGUUAUUUACGCAAUCAGCUCGAGUAUGGUCGAAUGACACCGCCCGACUAUGACUUCUCCAAGGUUAAGGUACCGGCUGCCUUGUACUAUUCGAUGAAUGAUCUAUUAGUGUCAACGACUGGCGUCGAUAAAUUAGCACGCGAAUUACCAAAGGUAAUUGACAAAUAUCUCGUGCCAAUGGAGAAAUUCAACCAUUUGGACUUUUUGUGGGCGAUCGAUGUAAAGUCUUUGGUCUACGUGCGGCUAAUAAGUAAUAUACGAAGUGUGGAAAAUCAUAUGCAUGGCAAUCGAAUUAUUGGUUCGUCGUCGUAAAUUUAGUAAUUAAAAAUUAUAUAUAAUUGUAUAUUAAAGUAACUAUAAAUACUGAAUUAGCUUAAUGAAGUUAUAUUAUUGCAAGCACGAUGCAAAUAUGUAUACCUACGAAUACUAUCACACAUACAGAAGUCAUUUUAAGGUGGAAAAUGAGGCGCUCUUCGAAUUAUUUACCAAAGUUAAGAAACAAGUUUUUUU